AUGUCUCUAUCCAUCACUGCUAUCGAGAAAAACCAUAUCAUUUUGUCCAAGCUCAUCAGGACCUGGCUCAAUGACAACCCUCCUUUUGAUUCUGUGCCUGAAGUUACGAGCAGGGCUGAAAAAAAUGCUGAAGAACCCAAACAAGUUGUCACAGUUGCAUUACGUACCCGCCCAUUUCUUGAGAACGAAGGUGGCGGAAACGGAAAAGAGCUCUUGCCUGGUGUACACGCUCGAGGCCAAAGGAUGUUUGUUCACGUUCCUUCAUCAAAGUGGAACGGUCCAACAAUCCAGCACAAGCCUUUUGACAGCGACCUGGCCUUUGGGCCGGAGAGUGGUAGCGAACAAGUAUAUGAAUCACUAGUAGCGAAUCCUGGUCUCUUAGAAACAGUUCUGGGUGGCGGAGUUGGAUGUAUUCUUGCGUACGGUCAGGAUGUGUUCACGGUCGGCAUCAGCCUAUACGAACUCCUCGGAAACAAGGCGACAGACCUACUCAGUCGAGGCGAAGUUGGAGACGGGGCGACUGUUGAUAUUGCUGAGGACAAGUUUGGAGAAAUACGCGUGUCGGCCAAAAUCAUACCUGUGACAAGCCCAGAACAAUUGGCUGGAAUAGUUGCCACUGCCGCGUCCCACCGACGCACUUCCGCUACCCUCAAGAACGAGACUUCAUCCCGGUCACACUGCAUAUUGAAUAUAAUCAUUUCAAACAAUCUCGUACCAUCUUCAGAGCCUGGACGCUUGAUGAUGGUGGAUUUAGCCGGCUCAGAGCGCGCAGCAGAUAGAUCUGCUCAUACAAAGGACAGGAUGGAAGAAGCUCGAUUGAUCAACACCUCCCUCAUGGCUCUGAAAGACUGUGUAAGGGGCCGUGCGUUAGUUGAGGUGGAGCGCUUGAAGAAAGGUGAUGGAAAGGUCGGAUUUCAGCAUAUACCCUAUAGGAGCUCGAAAUUGACACUAGCACUGAAGCCCGUGUUCGAUGUUGAAGCUACACGCCAUUGCAAAAUGGUGGUCAUUGCACACGUUUCCCCUCACCUGGCUGAUGCCUCACACUCUAGUAACACUCUCACAUAUGUUUCACCGUUCCGCGUUACUACUGUGUCGACGCCACAAAUUACCAACUCUGAAGCAUCUCCAAUCACAUGGUCAAACAAUGACUUCCGUACGUGGGUGGAAAAGACAUCCUCCAAGAUUAAUGCUGUCAAAUUGGCUCCCUUCGAGUCUGGAAAGCAAAUGUGCGAGCUGGAGGAACAAAUGUUUAUACAGCGUUGCUUGGAAUCGCAGAAAGAUGAGCUGGUGGGAACGAGCAAGGCACUUACUGAAAAAGGUGCCAAAGCAUUUUAUGAUAAGUUAUGGGGGAUGAUCGUCGUGGCUAAGCAAAACGCUCGACCCGAGGAGCUCCGCACAUUGGCGUACAAUCCUCCCUCCAUGUGGUCACACUUUCAAGUUAGAGACUAUAUUGAGAAGGAGCUACCUUCGGUCGAUCUCGGAAAACUCGUGCCAACUCUAGUCCCUAACCCUCGUCGUGGGAGGGACUUUAUUCAAGACAUGGGUGAGGCUGAGUUUAUCCUCACUAUGACCUCUUCGAAUAAAGAAGGAGAAACUAUUGCCGUACAAGAAGCAAAGGCACUCCACACCAAGUUAUGGAAGAUUGAAAACGAUACAUGGAAUGCAACUCGCGCGACAACCCUUACACAACGACAGGAUCCAAAUGCGGGCACGGGAAUGGACGAUAUAUUCCAAUUUCUGGACGGACAGCUCGAUAACCCUAUGGUGUAUGGCCCGGGCGCUAGCGGCAAAGCUGACAAUACGAUCCCGCCUAGUACUACUUCUCUCUUAUUUAUGGACAAUACACCAGAGGGCAUAGCAAGGCGCGAUGAGCAUAUACGGCGAUCUCAAGCACAAUUCGAAGCCCAGAAGGCGAUGCUAGAGCGUGAGAAGGCUAUACUUGAGCAAUGGAGAAAAGAACACACCGAAGGCGAUAAUUAA